AUGAAAUCAUCGGAUGGGUUCUCGCUGGACUUCCUAUACCUGAACACACUGGGAUAUGUCUGCUAUUCAACGUCGCUGAUUCUGCAGGUGUACAGUACCCUUGUGCGCCAACAGUUCCACGACAAGUUCGGUAAUUACCCACUCUUGUCGUUUAUUGACGUUGUCUAUACAGUUCAUGGCUUCAUACUCAACACUAUCACGCUGUCGCUGGUAUACACCAAGCCAUUUUCAAGAACACUGUCAUGGAAGGUCCACUCCUUUACCAAGUUCUUUUACCUGGUUCUGUUUGUGUUUACGGCUUCGUGUCUUUUGUCAGGCUCCCCAACCAAAUAUCUGACUCUUGCAAUUGACCUUGCCUACUUCAAGAUCUCCAUCAGUUUCUUCAAAUACAUUCCGCAACUUUACCAUAACUUUACACGGAAGUCUGUGGUGGGAUAUCCAAAAGCCCAGAUCUACCUCGACCUGGCUGGCGGCACCUUCUCGCUCCUCCAGCUGUUUUUGGACAACUACAUUGAUAACGAUGGCACCUUUGCCUGGUCUGAGAUUUUCCAUAAUGAAGGCAAGUUUGGACUUGCUCUUGUGACGUUCUUUUUUGACUUUUGCUUCAUUAGCCAGUUCUGGUUGUACAGACACGACCACAAGCAGGUCAAGCUGGUGGAAACUUUCGGGUCUGUAUGA